AUGAGUUCACUGGGUGCCUGGCAGUUCACGCCACUCAUGACCGAGUUUCCUACCAAUGUGUUGCCCAACCUAGGGUUCUGGAGUGCGAAGAACGGAUCUUGGGAAUACCAGAUUCAGCUGGCAUGGCCGCUGAACUGGACCUCACAGGAGGAGACGUCGACUGUGGAGACAAUGUAUGUCCUGGACGGCAAUGCUCUGGGUAUGACUGCCACAGAAGCCUUCCGCCGCCGCCGUCCCGUCGAGUUCAACAUGCCCGACUGCAUUGUCGUCAGCAUAGGCUACCCGGAGACCAUCGAAGAUUCACCCUACAGCACGCAGCGGAGCUACGACUUCCAGCCUCCAGUCUGCGAUGGCUGCCCCUUACCUGCGGUGCCUGGCGUGCAGUCCAAUGCGGAUGAGUUCAUCGAGUUCAUCGACAACGCUCUCCGGCCAUGGGUUCAGGAGACGGCUUUCCCGAAAGCUGAGUUUGACCGCGACGCACUCUACGGCCACUCCUUUGGCGGCCUCUUCGUCCUGUAUGCGCUCACGGUACGGCCUGAUCUCUUCGAUACGUUCCUCAGCGCUUCUCCGGCCCUCUUCUUCAACGACGACUACGUCUUCAACAACACGGACUUCCUUGCACCGCUGGUGUCGCCUUCGGCCAGCGACACGGCCAACGCGACCAAGCCUGCUUUCCAGAUAAGCUACGGCGCGCUCGAACAGAAGCUGGUGAAGCGACGGACGGAGAUGGACGCGGAGUUUGCGUUCAGGCAGAGCAUCCUCGUGCCGCAGCGCAUGACGGAUCUGAGCCAGAAGCUGUACAGCAGGCUGGAGGGCAGCCCGGCGUUGAGGGAUGUCAGCAUCCACGAGUACCCGUUCAGUGACCACGCGGCAGUAGGCGCGGCAGCUCUGGCGGACGGCAUCGACUACUUCCUGGACUGGUGA